UGGGUAUUGCAAUCAAGGAGAGGAGAAAAUGUUGGUUUAUGAAUACUUGUCUAACAAAAGCCUUGACACCUAUAUUUUUGGUUAGAACCUUAAAAAACUGACUUUAAUCGGAUUGGUGCAUUUCUUGUUUUUAUAGAAUUUAAUGCCUCUUGACUUCAUGUUGUGAGCAUUGAAGUCGGAGAAGAGACUAAUUUGAUAAAUGAAAAAAAUUACCAGAUGAAACAAGAGGUAAACUGUUAAAUUGGUCAAAGCGCUUUCACAUCUUACGUGGAAUUGCUCGGGGGCUUCUCUAUCUUCAUGAAGAUUCAAGAUUGAGAAUUAUUCACAGAGAUCUCAAAGCAAGUAAUGUGUUACUCGAUAAUGAGCUGAACCCGAAAAUAUCCGAUUUCGGGAUGGCUAGAAUGUUUGGAGACCAAAGUGAAGGAAAUACAAAAAGAGUGGUUGGAACAUAUGGUUAUAUGGCGCCAGAAUAUGCUAUUUAUGGAUUGUUCUCAAUAAAAUCUGAUGUCUUCAGUUUUGGCGUUCUAUUGCUGGAGAUAAUAAGUGGAAAGAAAAAUAGAGGACACCAUAAUCUUAUUGAACUCGCAUGGAGAUUGUGGACCGAAGAGAGGACACUUGAACUGAUUGAUACAUCAGUGGAGGACUCGUGCAUUUUACCUGAGAUAUUUAGAUUCAUCCAUGUGGGUCUCUUGUGUGUGCAACAACUUCCACAUGACCGACCGAACAUGUUAUUGGUGGUUAUGAUGUUGAGUGGUGAGAGUGCACUGCCUCAUCCAAAACAGCCUGGUUUCUUGAUAGAAGUACAUAAUGAAGCUCAUCCCUCAUCAAGCAAGAAUGAAUCAUGUUCAGCCAAUAAAAUGACUGUUACAUUGUUAGAGGCUCGUUAGCAGAUUCCGAUGUUGUUCGUACAUAAUAGACUGAUGCAUACCGUUGAAGGAAUAAUAGUUUGCUAUUUCAGAGUUUGAAAGUUAGUCAUUUGUACAAAACUACCCAAAAAAUCCAUUAACAUCUCUUGUUAUUCCAUGUAAAUGAAGGUUCUUCACUCAACAUAUGCAUUCUUGUGGGGGUGGUUAAAAUAUCAUAUUAGAUGGAUGGGUGAUUGUAGCAAGGUCCAAAGAAUUAGUCAAGUUCAAUACGCUUGGCCAAAU